UAUCUAACAUAACCUAUAAAGAAAAAUAUCUUUUUUUAUUUUCAUCCGAUACUGCUUUGUGGCUCGACUAAUUUGAAUUCAUACGGGAUAUAAUUCAUUCAAGAGGGAAACGUCUUUACUAGAACUUUAUCCAUUCACAAAGCUUGAACGAAUGGUUAAGGGUGAAAAGAUCCCACCAAAAUAUCGUUUUGUCAAGAGAUAAGAGUUGAUGAGUUGUAUUGUAUCCAGCAUUGUCUCAAACUACUAUAGUACUACUAUUCAACUUUGCUCUUAUUGUACUUAAAGUUCUAGUCUUUGGGGGUUAUUUGUCUAAAUAGAACUUCAUUUUAAAAAUAAUUGGAGCUUUCUUGAUGAAGAGUAAUUGAAGCUAAUAAUAUGAGCCUUUAUAUUGUUUUAUUAUUGGGUGACUCGUGUUAGAAAUGAAUUAUGCGGACACUUUGUGAUGUUUGUGAAAGUGCUGCAGCCAUUCUUUUCUGUGCUGCAGAUGAGGCUGCCCUUUGCCGUGCCUGUGACGAAAAGGUUCAUAUGUGUAAUAAGCUUGCUAGUAGGCAUGUGAGGGUUGGACUUGCUAAGCCCAAUGAUGUUCCUCGUUGCGACAUAUGUGAAAAUUCACCUGCGUUCUUUUACUGUGAAGUUGAUGGAAGUUCUCUUUGUCUCCAAUGUGACAUGAUGGUACAUGUUGGAGGUAAACGAACACACAGCAGAUAUCUCCUGCUGAGGCAGAAAGUUGAGUUUCCAGGAGACAAGUCUGGGCCUGCAGAGGAAUUAGCAAAGAAUGGGAGUGCAGAUGAGCGUGGCAAGAAGGACAAAAUGAUCGACUUGAAUGUGAAGCCAAGUCGUUAUCAUGGUCAAGCAUCUAAUCAUGAGGAGUAACUCAUCUUGAGGGAGAUUGUUCCAGCCAGAUAUAUUAUAAGCAAAUGUCAGUGAGGCGUCAAAUAGACCUCAUGUGGCAUGCAUGGUGUUCCACCUUUGCGCAUAUGGUAGAAGGGUCACCAAUGCUAUUGAUGAGGCUAAGUAGCCCAGAUAUAGUGAUCGAACAACGUUUGGCAACUAGUGUAAGAUAAAGCGCAUGUUCUGAAUGCUUUGAGCUCCGCUGAAGUCUAGACUUCACAGCUAGAUUUUUGCGAGACUCAUGAUCAGUUUUGCUUUAGGAUUUAGUUUUUCCGUACGUUAAGACAGCACCAUAGAAACUGCGUGCUGAAAGUAGUUGAUGUAACUAAAGUUUAUUAUGAUUUUGGUAAAAGUAGUUGUAUCUUGAAAUUUAAGGUCAUUUUUUUGGGUGUAGAGAUUAUUUCUUGCACUUGUAUUAUGGUUCUUGAAAAGUUCUCUAUUCAAAGAUUGAUCAAGAUCGA